GCCGAUUAGAUAAUACAUCCACAUAAGUUAGUCACUAACCAACUACAGUUAGCGCAACGCUAGCCCAGUUGGGUAUAUAUAUCGUCGCCCAAAAGGGUAUAUAAAUCGCCAGGAUAUAUAAAUCGCCAGGGUAUAAAGACAGCUCUUAAAAGAACAAUAAACAUCUAUCAAGACACACUCUGCAAUGGCCCAGGACAGCUCGUUCUAUCCCUAUUCGCCCUCGCUGGCCGCUGCCGCCCUGUUCUCUGCCCUGUACGGACUGGCCUUUCUCGCCACCUUCUUCCAAUGGCUGCGUCUCCGGGCAUGGGUGUGGAUAGUGGUGGUCCUCGCAGCGAUCAGUAAGCUCUGUCAUACUGUCAUACUGUUAUACUGUCAUACUGUCAUACUGAUCAACAGUGGAAACUAUCGGGUACAUUGCCCGCUGUAUCUCCAUGCAGCACGACACCAACAAGUCGCUGUACGUGCUUCAGUUCGCGAUGAUCGUGCUGCCCCCCGUCCUCAUCGCGGCCGGCUGCUACAUCGUCUUUGGCCGGAUCCUGUUUCUCGUCGUGCCGCGCGAGGAGCGCACGCUGCGUCUGUGCUGGGUGCCUCCUCGCUUCGUGACGCCCAUCUUCGUGGCGUUUGAUAUUGUCGCGCUGCUGCUCCAGCUGGCCGGCGCCGUGAUGAUCGCAUCCACCGUGCCGGGCGAGAAAGAUGCCGCCAGCAAGCUCGAGCACGGCAAACAUAUCGCCCAGGCAGGCGUGGUGAUCCAGCUGCUCGCCUUUGGCCUCUUCGCCGUCGCUGCCAUCCGCUUCAACUUCACCUCGCGCCCGUACGCCCAGACGCUGCUGGAACGCUAUGCGGCAGACGCGGACGAAAAGACCAUCCUCAUCGAUGGCAAACGCCGCAGGAAGCACUGGCAGGCGUUGCUGCGCGUCGUCAACGUCACUUCGGUCUUGAUCUUGGUUCGCACAGUGUAUCGCCUGGUGCAGUUCAGUGAGGGCAAGACGGGCUACAUCAACCUCCACGAGUGGACCAUGUAUGUCUUCGAUGCCGCAGUCGUCUAUCCGUGUGUGAUCUUGUUCAUCUGGUGGCAUCCGGCUUAUUACCUGCCUCAUCUUGGGUUCUCCUUGAAAGACUAGAUAGAAAGACUGUGGCAUAUGGACUGCUGGACUGCUUGGAUGAUAUCUGCCAAAGAAAAUGCCAUAGGGUUAGGUUAGGGUUAGGGAUGAAUAGACAAUAUAAGAAUCAAUAUUCUUGAUUCUUUGGAAUUCCUGCUGCAAAUGCAUCCAGACCUUCUCCUUGAUCCCGUUCUGUCUCAACCCAUCCAAGGGGCUUUGCACGCGUUCAUCGGCACUGUCGCAGUAUGCACCCACUGUAUAGACUCCGC